UUAACCUGUUAAAAAAUGUAGUAUUAUUAUAGAAGUGAAAAAAUUAAAAUGUCGUGGACUUGGGCUGGGUUCUGGAAGGAUGAUCCUGUUUUUAGAUAUAAAGGAGAUGAAUUCUUCCAAUCUGGAAGACACAAGGCUGAAGAAAGGUUUUGGAAGAACUAUAUUCAUCAAAACGGUUCUCAGAAGUUAAUCCACAAGCUAAGAGAUAUUUCGGAAGUAGAAGAAAAAGAAAAUGAAAGCCAAUCUAAGAAAGAACAAGAAGAGAAGAAGGAAAAGGAGGAUGUUGAAAAGGAAGAGAAUGAAUACGAGCUGAGGGUUCAGGAGCUGGAGAGAAGAAAAAGAGAAAUGGAUUUUUUACUCGAAGAUCUGAAAAGAUUUAGGCGCAGCAAAUAUGAUGACGAUAUAAGUGAGUUCACAUGUGCCAGCUGUUCAAGAUGCAUAAGAAAACCAGGAUCAGCUGAUAUGUUAAGUCCUCCAAUAGGAAGCCCAGAUAAACUGGUUUAUCCAAUCACAAGAAAGGAACCUGUUCAACGAAUGGAAAAGCUCGAGACAGUUUAUCCUCAGAACAAUUGUCUCACUGCCUCAGCUCCAAACAACCAAGAAAGAUGGUCAUCCAGAGUUGGGUAAAACCCGUAAAAGUUUCACUUUAAUACAAAGGAGUACCUACAAAAGAUGACAUUUUAAAUACUAAAUAAUGCUCUGCCCAAACGGCUGGACCAACUAGGCUGAUUUUUUUUGAGAAAAUCCAUGGGUAACAAAAAAAGAUUUUUUCUCAAAUGUGUUUUUAAAAUUACAUUGUCAACGCCGGGUAUUUCAACUAGUAAUUAUUAAGACUUGACAGUAAAAUCUGGCCUGUAAAAGAGCAUCUAAGCGAUCUACAGCAUUGAUUUGGUCAAGAAAAGACCAGUUUAAAUUGUUGCAAAAGUGUUGCAAAAUUCAAGAUUAAAGAAAAAAGUCUUGAUAAAUUUAUUACAGUCGUUGUUCAAUUCUCAUAAUUUGUGGGAAACCCUGUAUAAAAUUCAUAAAUAAACCAUUAAUAUUUA